UGAAGCAAGAGGAAGUGAGGGCUAGCUGAUAUAAUCAUAAUUAAGCAGCCUCGAUAUUCUUUCAUUUCAUCAGCCACUUUAAUCCAAAACGAUGGCACAAAGCAGCGACGCAGGGAAAGGGAUGGUGGUGUGCGUCACUGGUGCUUCUGGCUAUAUAGCUUCAUGGCUCGUCAAGCUUCUUCUUCUUCGUGGCUACACUGUGAGAGCCACCGUGCGUAAUCCAAAUGAUCCGAGGAAGGUAGAGCAUUUGGUGAAACUGGAAGGAGCAAAGGAGAGAUUGCAGCUGAUGAAAGCAGAUCUGUUGGAAGAAGGUUCCUUUGAUGCUGCUGUCGAAGGCUGUGUCGGUGUCUUCCACACUGCUUCUCCUGUGGUUUAUAGUGUCGACGUCGACCCUCAGAAAGAUCUCAUUGAGCCAGCAGUUAGAGGAACUCUGAAUGUUCUUAGAUCAUGCGCAAAAUCAACAUCACUGAAACGGCUCGUUUUGACCUCUUCCAUAUGUGCAGUGAUGUGUAAUGGAAAGCCUUUAACAUCAGACGUUGUUCUUGAUGAAUCAUGUUUUUCAAUUCCAGAUGCUUGCAACGAAUUUAGGCCGGAAUGGUCAGCAUAUAUACUUUCCAAGACAUUGGCAGAAGGAGCUGCCUGGAAAUUUGCAAAAGAAAAUAACAUCGACAUGGCUGCCAUCAAUCCAGCAGUGGUGAUAGGACCUAUCUUGCAACCAACACUUAACGCAUCGGUAGAAGAAAUUUUAAUUCUAUUUAAUGGUGCAAAGACAUUUCCAAAUAAAGUUUAUGGGUGGGUCCAUGUGAAAGAUGUUGCCGAUGCCCAUAUCCAAGCAUUUGAAAUUCCUUCAGCUAAUGGAAGAUAUUGCUUGGCUGAGUCAGUGAAACACUAUUCUGAAGUAGUACAGAUUUUGCGUGAACUAUACCCAACGUUACAAUUUCCAGACAAGUGUGAGGAGGAACAACCCUUUCAUCCAACAUACCGAAUUUCUAAGGAUAAGGCGAAGACAUUGGGAAUUGGUGAGUUCAUUCCAUUUGAAGUGAGUCUAAGGGAGACGGUGGAAAGUUUCAAAGAAAAGAAAAUGGUUGACUUUUAAA